GGAAAAAUGCCGGUUAUGAAAGGAUUACUGGCGCCGCAAAACACCUUCCUGGACACCAUCGCCACCCGUUUUGACGGAACACAGACGGGGUUUCGUUACGUUGGGUAGGCUGGUCACUAACUCCUGGCCUCAGGUGAUCUGCUGGCCUCAGCCUCCCAAAGUGCUGGGAUUACAGGUGUGAGCCACCGCGCCGGGAUCUCUGUUCUCCACUUCCGUAAUUCUGUCAUUUCAAGAACAUCAUAUAAAUGGAAUCAUAUAGUUCGUCCUCUGUAAAUUGUAUGGAAUGGGCUGUCAGGACUUGCAGUUCUCAAGAGCUAAGAUGAUUUGUCUGAGCAAAUGGUGAUGCACCCCAAAAGAGCCAACAGACUUGGCCAUGCUCUUUCAUGGAUGGCAACAUUAUCCAUGACUAACCAUAAAACAGGAGUGGUAUCAAGAGGCAUCAUUGACCAAAGCAGCACAUUUGAUCCCUCAAUCCACAGAUAGCAACUUCAUCCUCGCCAAUGCCCAGGUGGCUAAGGGUUUCCCUAUAGUCUACUGUUCCGAUGGCUUCUGCGAGCUUGCUGGAUUUGCCCGAACUGAAGUCAUGCAGAAGAGUUGUAGCUGCAAGUUCUUAUUUGGAGUUGAAACCAAUGAGCAACUGAUGCUUCAAAUAGAAAAGUCACUGGAGGAGAAAACAGAAUUCAAAGGAGAAAUUAUGUUCUACAAGAAAAAUGGGUCUCCAUUUUGGUGCCUACUGGAUAUUGUUCCCAUAAAGAAUGAAAAAGGAGAUGUAGUACUUUUUCUGGCCUCAUUCAAAGAUAUAACAGAUACAAAAGUGAAGAUUACUCCAGAAGAUAAAAAAGAAGACAAAGUCAAAGGAAGAUCAAGAGCAGGGACCCACUUUGACUCAGCCCGGAGACGGAGUCGAGCAGUCCUUUAUCACAUCUCUGGGCACCUGCAAAGAAGAGAAAAGAACAAAUUGAAAAUAAAUAACAAUGUUUUUGUAGAUAAACCAGCAUUUCCGGAGUAUAAAGUUUCUGAUGCAAAAAAGUCCAAAUUCAUACUUUUGCAUUUUAGCACUUUUAAAGCUGGCUGGGACUGGCUUAUUUUGUUGGCAACGUUUUAUGUUGCUGUGACUGUACCUUACAACGUUUGCUUUAUUGGCAAUGACGACCUAUCCACAACUCGGAGCACAACUGUCAGUGACAUUGCAGUGGAGAUCCUUUUUAUUAUAGCAGAUAUUAUUUUAAAUUUCCGAACAACUUAUGUCAGCAAAUCUGGCCAAGUUAUCUUUGAAGCAAGAUCAAUUUGCAUCCACUAUGUCACAACCUGGUUCAUCAUUGAUUUAAUCGCUGCCCUGCCUUUUGAUCUCCUGUAUGCUUUCAACGUCACAGUGGUGUCUCUUGUGCAUCUUCUAAAGACGGUGCGACUCUUGCGUCUUUUGCGUCUGCUGCAGAAGUUAGACCGCUAUUCCCAACACAGUACUAUCGUCCUGACUCUGCUCAUGUCCAUGUUUGCACUCCUUGCACACUGGAUGGCGUGUAUCUGGUAUGUCAUUGGAAAAAUGGAGAGGGAAGACAACAGCCUUCUGAAGUGGGAAGUUGGUUGGCUUCAUGAGUUGGGAAAGAGACUGGAAUCUCCGUACUAUGGCAACAAUACCUUGGGGGGCCCGUCGAUCCGAAGUGCCUAUAUUGCCGCGCUGUACUUCACGCUGAGCAGCCUCACCAGCGUGGGUUUUGGGAACGUCUCUGCUAAUACAGAUGCAGAAAAGAUCUUCUCCAUCUGCACCAUGCUGAUUGGUGCCUUGAUGCACGCCUUGGUGUUUGGAAACGUGACAGCAAUCAUACAGAGGAUGUACUCCAGAUGGUCCCUCUAUCACACUAGAACUAAGGAUCUGAAAGAUUUUAUCCGUGUCCAUCACCUGCCCCAACAGCUCAAGCAGAGGAUGCUCGAAUAUUUUCAAACAACCUGGUCAGUCAACAAUGGAAUAGAUUCAAAUGAGCUUUUGAAGGACUUUCCAGAUGAACUGCGUUCUGACAUCACUAUGCACUUGAACAAGGAGAUCUUACAGUUGUCCCUUUUUGAAUGUGCCAGCCGGGGCUGCCUCAGGUCUCUGUCUCUACACAUCAAAACCUCUUUCUGUGCUCCGGGGGAGUAUCUGCUGCGUCAAGGGGAUGCUUUGCAGGCCAUCUACUUUGUGUGCUCGGGCUCCAUGGAAGUUCUUAAAGACAGCAUGGUGCUGGCUAUUCUUGGGAAAGGGGAUUUAAUUGGAGCAAAUCUAUCAAUUAAGGACCAAGUGAUCAAGACCAAUGCAGAUGUAAAGGCUUUAACCUACUGUGAUCUCCAGUGCAUCAUCCUCAAAGGACUCUUUGAAGUGCUAGACCUUUACCCAGAAUAUGCUCACAAAUUCGUGGAAGACAUUCAGCAUGACCUCACAUACAACCUUCGAGAAGGUCAUGAGAGUGAUGUGAUAUCAAGACUAUCAAACAAAUCUACGGUCUCACAGUCAGAGCCCAAGGGAAACGGCAGCAUCAACAAGCGACUCCCAUCUAUUGUGGAAGAUGAGGAAGAGGAGGAGGAGGGGGAGGAAGAGGAGACAGCCUCUCUCUCUCCCAUCUGCACAAGGGGAUCUUCUUCACGCAACAAGAAGGUUGGAAGCAGUAAAACCUACCUGGGCUUAAGCUUAAAGCAACUGGCCUCGGGAACGGUGCCCUUUCACUCACCUAUCAGAGUCUCCAGGUCAAAUUCCCCCAAAACCAAGCAGGAAAUUGACCCCCCCAACCAUAAUAAAAGGAAAGAGAAGAACUUGAAAUUGCAACUUUCAACUUUGAAUAAUGCUGGACCCCCAGACCUCAGUCCAAGUAGGAUUGUUGAUGGAAUUGAAGAUGGAAACAGCAGUGAAGAAAGUCAGACUUUUGAUUUUGGCUCUGAACGAAUCAGAUCAGAGCCCAGAAUUUCUCCUCCUCUUGGAGAUCCAGAGAUUGGAGCUGCUGUUCUCUUCAUCAAAGCAGAGGAGACCAAGCAGCAGAUAAACAAACUCAACAGUGAGGUAACAACAUUGACUCAGGAAGUUUCUCAGUUGGGUAAAGACAUGAGAAAUGUGAUCCAGCUUCUGGAAAACGUUCUGUCACCUCAGCAGCCAUCACGGUUUUGCUCUCUGCACAGCACCUCUGUGUGUCCCUCCAGGGAGAGCUUACAGACCAGAAUGAGCUGGAGUGUGCACCAGCCUUGCCUACACUUGCAAACAGGCGGGGCUGCCUAUACGCAAGCACAACUUUGUAGCAGUAAUAUCACCUCAGACAUUUGGAGUGUGGAUCCCUCCUCUGUGGGGAGCAGCCCCCAACGAACUGGAGCUCAUGAGCAAAAUCCUGCAGACAGUGAACUUUAUCAUUCUCCAAGCCUUGAUUAUUCACCUUCCCACUACCAGGUUGUCCAAGAAGGUCAUUUGCAAUUUUUAAGGUGCAUCUCUCCACAUUCAGAUUCUACGCUGACACCUCUGCAGUCCAUUUCAGCAACUCUCUCAUCCUCUGUCUGCUCCUCUUCGGAGACAUCUUUGCACCUAGUUCUCCCAAGCAGAUCAGAGGAGGGCAGCUUCAGUCAGGGAACUGUGAGUUCCUUCAGUCUGGAAAACUUACCAGGAUCUUGGAACCAGGAAGGAAUGGCAUCAGCGCCUACAAAACCUUUGGAGAACUUUCCACUGGAAGUUGUCACAAGCACAGCAGAAGUGAAAGAUAACAAAGCCAUAAAUGUAUGAUAUUAGUGCCCAUGAAGCAGCUGCUAAUUUCAAACCUACCACUGCAUGACAGUUUUAGUUUGCCUUUUUUGCCUCUGGUGGGUAGGAAGACUGAGCAAAGCUGGGAAUCCUGCAGAAAAGAGUGUGAGGAGUCAGGGAAAGGCAGAACCACCUCCAUGCUGUAGCAAACAAUUUCUAGAUGCUAGAAGCAUAAUAGAAACAUUUUUCUGUACAGGUAUUAAACUACUGGUCUGUUUGACAGACAUUGGUAACAAUCCAAAGACCCUGAGGGUCUGAGCAGCUAGAAGUCCUAGACAAAGAAUUUGUGGAUGACUUUUGUCCCGGGUGGCUUUUGUGAAGUGUGGCAAAGGUUUUUCAUGAGUGCCUGAUUGUCAUUCCUGAACAAUAUCCAUAGCACUGUUGGCCUCAGGAGUGUACAGCUCCUGCUGAUCUAUUUUUCUUUUUGUGAAGGCAAAGGGACAAUUAUCACUGCAUGUCAUCUCCUAGACAAUCAGUCAAAUAGAACUGGUGGCCAAUUGUUAGCUAUUCGCACGUUAUUUGCCAUGUAAAUGAAAACGUCUUUAUUUAUCAAAAAAACACAGAGGCUAUUUUUAUAUCCUUGGUAUGAAAUAUGUAUUUAAACUAUUUAAAUAUUUAUAAAGAAAUGAAUGUUUUCUUUUCAUUUUGGUAAAAAAAAAAAAGCUUGCUGUUUUAACAAGAAAUGCACUACUGUUGUGUAUAGUAGAUCAAAAAUUAUUUAUUACUAAGAGGAUGUAGUUUCCAAAGGAAUCCCCCAUUUUCUCUGCAUGUAGUUUGCAACAAAUGUAUUCUCAUGCUUCUGGAUUAUAAAAGAAAAGUGAAGUCAUAUUUUGUUGAUGAAAUAAAAACAUGGACUGAGUGUCAACUACAUGAGCUUUGGCAUGGGGGUAGACAGGCUCCAUCUAGGCUCUGCCGACUCAUGUCAAUGACCUGAUUCAAGGUCGUUGUGCCAGCAGAAAUGUCUGUCCUCUAGGCAUCAUAUUUUGUGGCUCAAGAAUUCAAAAUGGGUCUGUGGACAUAGGGCAAUUUUGGACUCAAAGUGAGGGAGAAAACCUGGGUGUGUCCUUUCCCAGUGCUUUUCUUUUACAAGAGGUAGUAGACCAGUGGAAAUCCCCAAAUGGAGCCAAGACUUCUGAGCUGUAACUUGUGGGAGUAAUACCAGCUUGCAGUGGGUCAGCACUUUACCUUUUUUCUUUAAGGCUCCACAACGCUAUGCAGUGCAGUUGUUUUCAUUCCUAUUUUUCAUAAAUCUCAGGGGAAGCCCCAGAGAUUACACAGUUAGGAAUGCUGACACAGUCUAGAAUCCAUAAUGUUCCCUACAUCUCUCACUAACAGGCAAAUUCAGAUGCUGGGAUUGGCAAUGAUUUAAGCACCUUCACUUAAGUUUUAUGUUAUGUUUUAGAGCAGUUAUGGUCUAAUUGUCUUGGACAUUUUGGGAAGACAUAUUGGGUUCACAUUCUGGAGUUCUCUAUUUUCCACCACAAAGAAUAAACAAUCUGAGAAUUGUAUCAUUAAAAGUAUCUAAACACA